AUUUAUACUGAAAUAACCAAUUGAACGCGCAAAAACAUUUGAUCGUUGGCCCGCCUUUAUUAUUUAGAAAUAUUCAAAUUAUAUUUAAUUAUUUAACCGAAUAUUUAUAUAUAUAAUAUAGUUAAUAGAAUUUUAUACAUAAAAGAUUCCACAGAAAUUUACGGAAUAACUGAAAAACGUGUUGUUCGUUACCAAUGUACUUUUAUACUGCUGUGAAAAUCAGUUACAUAGAACAUUAAUCAUGUAAUUGUCAAUUAACAAGUCUUGUUCCAUUUAAAUUUAUAAGAUAAAUUAAUUGAUGAAACGACUAAUACUUUUAAAUUUAUUAAAAUCGGUUUAUAAAUUUAAAUAUAUAUUAAUAAUAUAAAUAAUGGCAAUUGCCCUUAAAAACUGGCAUUCUACUGGAAAGCUAAACAUAAAUUCUAAUGAAGUUAUCAAGCUAUCACGAAAUACAUCAUGGUCAGAAAUAUCUUCAACUGACAAAAUAAAAGAACGUUUAAAGUAUCAACCUGUAAGAAUAAGACAAUUGCCUGAUUCAAAACAAAUUUAUCAGAGUGCACGCAAGAGAGAACCAGAGAGAUUAAGAGUUCCUUCUAAAGACAAGAGAGUCGAAUUAAUUUCAAGCAAUAAUGUUAAAGAAAAGUCACAGCAAAAAAACUUAAUGAAAAUGAAUUUUCAUGAUAAAAGUAUUCAAUCAAAUUCUAAAAGUAACAAUAAAGAGAUAUCCUUUAAUGUAAAUAAAGGUAAUCGGAAAAUACGGAGAAAUUUAAAUUUAAAUUUUGUAUCUCCAACAAAACAAAUAGAAAAAAAUAAUAGUAUCGCGUUACCAGAGGUUCAAAAAAAUAGUAAAUCAAUUUGCUCCAAUUCGAAAAAUUAUCGUUACAGAAAAAGUUUUCUUUUACCUCCAAAUUUUAUAAAAAGUAAGUAUUUAAAGGAACAAUGUAGCAAAGUUAUUCCAUCAUCUACUACUAUGAAAAAUGAUACGAUAACAAAUUUGAAUGUAUCUGAAGUUUCAAAAAACUUAUAUAUUAAAAAUUCAAAUGUGAAAAUUUGUUCUUCUAUACAAAAUACACAUAAUAAUUCGCAAAUGGAAGAAAACUUGAAGUCACAGAAACGUUUACAGUAUAAUUGUAAAAGUAAGAGAAAUACAUUGCAUAAAUCUAUUGAUAACGAAAUCCCAUUAUUUUGCGAUGAAAGUGAAUUUAUAAGAAAAAAUAUUACAUCAACAGAUAAUAAAAUACAAAAACAAGAGCAAUGCAACAUAAAUAGUAGUAAUUUUUCGAUGAAUAAAAGUACUGAUAAUUUACAAAAAAUAUCCAAUGAAUUAAAUAAUAUAAUUCUCACAAAAGGAUCAGAAGUGUCUGUAAAUAAUGAUAUUACAGGCUUCUCAAAGAAAGACUAUUUAUGUGUUGAUAGAAAUACUAUUGUGUCUUUAAAAUCCACUUUGGAAGAUAUGUUAAAAGUAUUUCAAGAUAAUGCUCUAAAAAUAGAUUUAUUACUAAAACAUAUUAAUAAACUAUUUCAUGUUAAUACUGAUUCAAUAGAAGAACAAGUUCAUACUGUUGAUUCUAAUAAUGAAAUGAUAAAAAAGACUUCAGAAUUGAAUCUUGAAGAAAAAAUAACAGAAGACAAUAAUAUUGAUACUGUAAGCAGCAGUAAGAAAAAUAAUAUAAAAAUAGAAAUGGAAAAGCCAGUUGAAUUAAAAGAAGAAGAGAAAGAAAAUAUUUCUGAAAACUUAGAACUCCCAUCGAAUCAUACUAAUAUUGAUCACACUAAAUCUUUGCAACUAACUCCACAGGUUCUUCAAAUCACUAUACCAACUUAUACUAAGGUUGGUGAAUCAGCCUUGCAAGACUACAUAAACUUGAAGGCAUCUCUUAAUUUUUUAGAAACACCAUUAGGUAAAAAGAUCCAGCCACGUAUACAAACAAACAAGAAUGUAGUACCAAAUAUUCCUAAAGAUAAGUCAUAUCUUUCCAGUAAAAUUUUUACAGAACUACAAAAUUUACAUGGCGAAUAAGCAAAUGUUUAUAUGUAUAUGUUUUGCAUAUGCAUGCAUGCUGUCAUGCAUCUGUACAGUAUUUUUUUAAAUAUUUAAAAAUUUAUAUAUAUAUUCUAUCUUUUAAAUUUGAAAAAAAAAUCCUAAUAAACUUGGACCCAGAUCUAAUGUGUUUUUGCAAUAAAUCAAUUUUACUGUGAUAUAAAUGUAGUUCAUCAUAACGAAUGAUAGAUUUGCUGAAUAUAUGGACAUUACCAUCGCAUGAAUAACUGUUUUACAUGCCUCCAUAAAAUUUGAUAUAUUCUUAAUUACAUCACAUAGAAUUUAAAUGCACAUUUAUAGUUCUUUUUUUGGUUAUUAACUUACAAUUAGUUAUUUCUUAUUUUAAUACAAAAAUAUUUUAUGUGUUGAAACUUAAAUCUGCUUAACUCUGGAACAAAAAAGUUUACAAGUUUACAUUUAUUAGGAUGUUUUUUCUCAAAUUUAAGACAAAUUCAAAACUAUAA